AAUGAGUCAGCAGGAGGAGGAAGAACACCUUAUUGCUGCUUUGCGUUAGACUUCACCGUUGGGUUUUUAUUACGGGUCCGACCCAGAGAUCCAAUUGGAGCUUGUACCCAUGUUCACUUGUAUACGACUUGUACGUUGCCGCUUCCUAAUUGUUCCUUCACCUCUUUUCACAUCCUUCAUCUCUUCUUCUUUCCCUUCUUCAAUGGAAAACACGGGUGGUUUCCACAAGCCUUCUUCAUCCUCUGCCUUUUCUCAUUCCAAUCCAAGCGGUGGUAGAGGAAGAGGAAGAGGACUGGACACGAGGGAUAAUAAGGAAAGAUCAGGGGGCCGUGGCGGUGGUGGCAAAGAUAAAAUUGAUGCUCUUGGUAGACUCUUGACACGCAUUUUGCGGCACAUGGCCUCUGAGCUAAACUUGAAUAUGAGGAAUGAUGGGUAUGUGAAGGUGCAAGAUAUGUUAAAGUUAAACUUGAAAACAUUUGCAAACGUCCCAUUGAGGUCUCACACAAUUGAUGAUGUCAAAGAGGCAGUACGGAAGGAUAACUAGCAAAGAAUGGGCCUUUUGGAAGAAAAUGGAGAGCUUCUGAUACGUGCCAACCAAGGCCAUACAGUAAAGGUACUUUUUUCUCCGUAAAGUGGAUUAAUGUUAUUUCCUUGGAUAUUUCAGAUGGAAAUUAGUUGGAUUAAUCUGUCUAUAAGUUAUGGCAUUCAGAGUGGAGGAGCCUCUAGAGGGUACUUCUACUAUAGUUGGAUGAAUUCUGAUGAAUGAAGAAGUUAAUUCUCAACGUAAUUGGAAAUGAGAAGAGAAAGAGGGGGAGAACGAAAGGCUGGAACGUGAGAGAUCGAACAUGGAUUUUAUUCUGUCCGUGCACAUUAGUGGAGUUUCUUUUAUACCUCUAAGCAUAUUUCAUUUAAUGCAAGAAAUUACACCCUUAUUUUGUCACCUAACCGACGAGACAACAGUAAAGAAACUAAAUACAUUUAGACAUUUAAAUAUGCAUCUUUUCUGCUAGAAAUUUGUAUUAGCAAUGAAACACUAUGAUGUAAUUCUCGGUG